AUGCCUGACAGGCAUAGCUUCCUUUUGGCUUGGUCCGCCCCUCUAUUUUCACCAUAUCCUAAAUGUCAUAAGCACGCGGGAGCGUGUCAAAACAAGCGUUUUAUAUAUAGACCAUCUCUAGAAAUGGAACUAAAAGAUCACAUAGCUAUGGUAACAGGAGCCAAUUCUGGGAUUGGUCUCCAAGUGACUGAACACUUGCUCGGGCUUGGGAUGACAGUCAUUGCCCUGGAUAAGAACAUUAAUAACCUAAAGGGUCUCAAUGAAAGAUUGCACUCAUUAGAAGUUGACCUUACAAAUGAUAUUGAUGUUACAAGAUCAUUCCAGUGGUCUGAAGAGAAUCUUGGAGGAAUUGAUAUUUUGGUGAAUAAUGCUGGUAUAGGAGGCGUCACUUCUCUUUUAGAGCGUAAGCCCAGGACUGGUUAAGACAGAAAUUUUUAAGUAUUCUUUAGGAGAUGAAAUGGAUAGAAUAAUUUAUGAUAAAUAUCCAAGUAUCAGCCCUACAGAUAUAGCUUCUGCCAUUGAAUACAUAAUACGAUCUCCAGAAAAUGUAACUAUAAGUGAAAUAAAUAUUAAACCUACUGGAUCAGAAACGUGAAAGUCUACUGUAACGAAGAAAAUUAUUCCAAAGCAUCACCAUAAAAAAUUCAUUAAGUUUGUGAUAAUAAUUCAUAAAAGAAAAAAAAUUAAUUCUCGUAUGCAAAAUUGUAUCUGCAUUACUUCUCAAUGUUUUGUUUUCACUUGAUAUUCUAUACACUGAAUGGUAUAAACCACACUUACAUUUUAGCACAAUUUAUAGAUGAUUCUCAGAAAAUUUUCAAAAAUCGUGUCCAUUGUACAAUAUAUUUAGGUGAUGAGUAUCAAUUUUUUUAAAGUCAUUAUGAUUAUUUCGUGACCACAGUAAAUGACAAAAAUAUCAAACCAUCAAGUAUCUUACAAAAUUGUCAUUAAUAGGAUGUAUAAUAUUAUUCCUCCUUAUAUGUAAAACAUUAUAUGGUCACUAAAAAAAUUGGUUUAUUAUUUUCAAUAACGAACCAUUGUGAUCGAACAAAAAAUUGAAAAACUUAACUCCCUCUCAAAAUUUGAGGUUUUACGUUUCAGGAUACGUAGAAUUCGAAAAACGAAUACAUUUUUUUUUGUCCAUACGCCGUCCGCGCAUUUUCUUCGAAACUACUGGACCGAUUUUUUUUUUCAAAUUUGGAUUUAAAAUUAGAAGUCAUCCGCCGAUGAUCCCCCCUCAUCGAUAUUUCUAUCCACCUUUGCCUUUCAAGAUGUGGACCGAAAAACCUGCGUUGCUAUAGACUGUAGCGCCUAAAUGAAUGUACCAAUUUCAAUGAAACUUCGCUAAAGUCUUCUUCACGAUGCCCUUUAAAUUUAUCUAUGUAAUAUACUUCAACGAAAAGAAGCUGGAAAAAAAGUUACGGGGGGUGAUAAAACUAGAUUUCGAACAACUUAAAAAGUAUACACUUUUUUGUUGAUAUGGUAUGGUUAUUUAAAAGUUUACGGAAUUUCCUAAAAAAACAAACAAAAACAAACUAGUUAAAAUCGGACAAUUAUGAGUAAAGAUAAGAUCUCUAGAUAUUUUUUAUGUGUUCUACAAGAUUAUAUCCUUUCUUUUGGUUUU